AUGAAGCGGCUGUGUUCGCAUCGGACGUGCUCGUACAGAUACCACCUCCCACCGGGCUUGACUGAGGGCGAACUCACGAUAGCGGUAGAGCUGCCGCAUGUUGUGUUCUGGGUCCGGGAUGCUGCAGAGGCAAAGGAUGCUGACUAUGCAAUCUACUUGGCCCUCGGCCACGACUCCCGCGUCGGCCAGGGCCUCGAUCCCGUACGGCACCAUCUCGUAGCGGCUUGCAAGGUCGUGCUUCUUAACGGCAGCCUUGAGGGCCGGGUGCACGGCCGUGUUGGGCUCGACGCCUAUGAUCCGCGUAGCCUCCGUCGAGGCUAG